CUACGUAGGAAGGAGAUGUCACCAAGACACCCUCCAGCCUGCUCUGGCCCUCUGCUCAUUAUGGGCUGCGGCCUUCACGGUGGGCAGUGAUGUGUGCUUGAUUCCAGAGGAUGCCAUGGGCCGAGUUUCUGCAGCUUGUCAGCUGCAUAGGACUCUUACGAGCCUUGGAGAGAGACCUGAAGGGUGGAAAUCUGUCAGUGCCUCUUUGCUUGCAGCUGGAAACACCUGGGGCUUAAGUGGUGCUUCAGGGACAACUGUACCAAAGGUGCUCUAGAAGGCUGUCCAAGAGCUUCUGAGCGGAGGUUGCCUGGCACACAUAAGUCAUGCAUAUUUAUUUGCCAGAAGAGCUGCUCGGCUAAAAGGCCAGCAGUGUUACCUGAUAUCUGCAGCAACCAAGACAUUUGUGUGUGUCCCGUGGCGGUGCCUGAUGGUGUCCGAGGACAAGGCAGAGGGAGCUCAGGGGCUCUGGAUGACUGCUUGAGGGAUCUGGGCCGCAUGUGGUAUUUUCUUCCGCCACGUGCAGUGAGCCAGACCCAGGAAGGCUCUAGAGGUGAAUGGCCGGCAGCCUGGUGUUCCCAGCAACAGUGUGGGAGUUUGAGCGUGGGUUACUCUACAGGACAGCAGGCCUGAUGGUGGCACAUGGGCUACAUCUGCCUCAAAGGGAAAAAGGCUCUUGGCUCCAGAGUUAGCAGGGCUCCUUGAGAGAGCUUUAAGUAGCAUUGGAAGUGGAAAAGGGAGUAAAGCAGGCUGACGGGGGAGAUGCGUCAGCACUGCACAGCCAUGUUUGUGUGACAGUGGAGGAUGGAAGCAGUGCUGCCAUCAAAGGUCAUGAAAGUGUAGCAGAAGUCAUGGGAAAAGCAGGUUUUUGCCACAAUUCUUUCAGACCAAAAUACUACCAAAGAAACACUCUUGAAUUUGGGCUUUUUACAGCAGCCUUCAUCCAGGUCUUCUUCUAGGGAAUUUCGGAGGAAUAAGACAUGAGUGCCUCUGCAUUCCCAUGCACAAUGCUGCCUCCAAAAUACUCCAGCCCUUCUCCAUUUGGCUCCUUCCAUUCCUGUGCAGAAGAAGGAAAUUCAGUAGAGGGGAGGUGCAAGAAUUCACAGGCAACGUGGGUGUACAUUGGGGCCUUCACAGCCAUCACUUUGGUAUGAGGUCACAGAGCUCUGUUUGAUGUCAGGUUCCAGAGCCCCACUGUGCUCUUCAGUGCUCACUCUGGGCAACACUGCAGCAGCAGCAGCAGCAGCAGCAGCAGCAGCAGCAGCAGCAGCAGCAGCAGCAGCAGCAGCAGCAGCAGCAGCAGAGUGUUGCUAGCAGGGGGGAUCAUGGUCCUGAGCCGCUACCUCCUGCUGCUCUUUCUCGUGGCCCUGCCAGCCCAGAAUGCCCAGAGUGCUCCAGCAGCUGGGCAGGGAGCAGUUGUGGACACAGAGAGUGCUCUUUCAGCCCCUGAGCGAGGGGCAGAUACCGUGCUGACUCCGAGCUGGUACCUCAAGCGGAUGAACGAUGACAAGGUUCCUGAAGAGUUCCCUGAAGGAUUGCCGGAUGUUCCAGAGGAGCUCCUGGCAGCCUUGCAUGAAGCCCCGUCUGAGACAGAUUCUGAGACUGUGCCGGAGACCUUAGCUGUGGAAGAAAGUGACAUUGUGCCAGGCUCACAUGAAAAAAGAGAACCAAUAGAGGACACCAGGACACUUGCUGAGCCUGAGGAAUAUUCAGGGUCAUCCGGUGGGCAAAAAGCCGAGACUGCUGGACACUGUGACCCGAGCAAGUACUACAUCCUAGUAGGGACAGUAGCAGCCUCAGCUUUGCUUCUGCUUGGGGCAGUGUCUGGCUAUCUAGUCAUGCAUCAGCUGGUGAAGAGAGACAGGAGGAGCCAGGAGGACAAAGAGGCAACAGGACAGGACUGGGACUCUUCCUGGGAAAGCUGUGGUCAGCCUAGAGGUGAAGCAGAGCCAGGAGAAGGAGCGGGAAGCGGCGAGAGAGCCCAAGGCAACGGGUUCAGGGAGAGCUGCCGCCUGUUUCCUGAGCUCUUUGCAGCAGAGCUUGCCCGGCUGUACAAGAACAUGAGCGCAUACCCGUCACCUCUGCCCACCUGCUCCUUCUGUGCUCUGGCUGACAACGCCUCUUCACGGGACCACUGGAUUUCCCUGGAGUCACCUCAGCCCACAGCAUCCUCUUGGCCCUCCUACCACCAAUACCUGCAGGACUACUAUCUCUUAGAGGAUGAUGAUUAGUGAUAGUGAUAGCCAUAGAUAGUGAUAGUGGUAGUGAUUCUUUUAGUGAUAGUGAUAGGGACACUUGAUAUUAGAGGGUGGUGGUUGUUUUAAUGAUAGUGAUAGUUAAUAUUAGAGGAUAGUGAUGGUUUUAAUGAUAGCGUUAGUUAAUAUUAGGGGAUAGUGAUUGUUUCAAUGAUAGCGUUACUUGAUAUUAGAGUGAUAGUGAUAGUCAUAAAUAGUGAUAGUGGUAGUGAUUCUUUUAGUGAUAGUGAUAGGGAUACUUGAUAUUAGAGGGUGGUGGUUGUUUCAAUGAUAGUGAUAGUUAAUAUUAGAGGAUAGUGAUUGUUUUAAUGAUAGCGUUCUUUGAUAUUAGAGGACAGUGAUUGUAUUAGCGAUAGUGAUAGUUAAUAUUGGAGGAUGGUGAUUGUUUUUGUGAUAGUGGUACAUUUAGUGAUAGUGAUACUUGGUAUUAGCAGACAAUGAUUGUUUUCUUGAUCUUGAUAAAUAAAUAUUUUUCCAAAAGCAGUAAA